AUGACGACUUCUUCGUUCACUAUACCAACCAUAAUUCAGGGAACCAAGUUUCUCGGCCAAACCAAUCUCUUUUCAACUCCAAACCGAUCAGUUUUCAAGAAACAGCAACAACCAAACGUUCAUCAAGUAAAGGCCAUGGGUAAGUUCAACCUAUGGGAAGUGAUGGGAGGAAGAGGACUAUGCAACGGAGAGAAAGGCAUCGAGAAAGAGCUCAACAGAAACAUCGAUGAAGUACAACAAGAGACAUCAAACACUGAGGACAAGACAGAGAAAGAGAAAGAGAGCGAUGACAACAACAACAGCAACUUAUCAUUUAAAGUACCUGAAGACGGUUUCGAGAAAGAGAUGAUGGGUCUCACUGGAGGCUUCCCCGGUGGCGAAAAGGGACUCAAAACGUUCAUUGAACAAAACCCACCACCACCAAAGAAGCAAGAAAGCGAUGUUGUAUCAGCUGUUGUGACGGAGAAGAAGCCUAAAGCUCCGGAGCUACCACUUCUAAUGCCGGGGAUGAUCGCUAUAGUCAAGAACAAGAACAGUCCGUAUCACAUGUACUGUGGGAUAGUACAGAGGAUCACGGAUGGGAAAGCUGGUGUGUUGUUUGAAGGAGGGAACUGGGACCGUCUGAUUACGUUCAGGCUUGAAGAGCUUGAGAGAAGAGAGAAAGGUCCACCUGGUAAGAAUCCCAAGUCUUGUGUUCUUGAGCCUCUUAUUGAAGAGAUGCAAAAGGAGACAACAUCACCAUAA